GGGUCUGAGGGAGGAGGAGGCUGGGGGCCAGGACUCCUGGGUCUGGGGAAGCGGGUGGAGGCUGGGACCCCAACACCCAAGAUAGGGGGGGGGGUAGAAAGGAGCGGGAAAGUGCAGGGCUGCCUGUGGGCGCAGAAGUGGAGGAAGCAGCUGCUUUCUGGGAAGGCUCUCAGAUGGAGAUGUCAUCACCGAGGUCUCCCUCCCUCCCACCCAGGCCCUGCCGGCUGGGGCACCCGGCCCUCGGCCCUCCGGGAGGAAGGGAGAGCAGGGAGGGGGGUCAGCAGCUGGGGAGGAGGCGGGGUCAUGGGCCCAGAGCCAGCAGCCCGCCCACAGAAGUGCCCUUGGAAAGGGCGUGGACCUGCGGGCCUGGAUUCUGGGUCCCCUAGACGGUAGGAGCGGGGCAGUGGGACCCCCGGGAUAGGAAGGAAAGCGUUUGCUCCAGGAGGGCCUGGGGGCCUGGAUGUCUGGGUUCCCCCCCCCCCCCCCCCCCCCCCCAAAAGGAAGAGAGAGCUGGAGGCUCCGAUUGGCGGGUCGUCACUCAGGUCGUCGUGGACUUUGCUUUUCUUUGAAAGCCGCCCACUGUCCAAGCCCCACCCCCAAUCCCCAGCGUUUCCUCUCUGAGCCGUUCACACCGCCCAGUGGCCCCAGUUGCCCCCGAGGGACGGAGAGCUGGAGCCCAGCAGAGCCCUGGGCAUGUGGGGCUAUCUGGCCCUGCUGCCUGCCUUCCUGGCCCUCUGGGCUGCCACCAGCAUCUGGACUGUUUUCGCAAUCGCCGUGGCCAACAAGACUGUGAACCUGACGGAAGGCAUCCCCUAUAUCAGUCUCUGCGGAUCCUUCCCGCCCCAGAGCUGCAUCUUCAGCCAGCUGCUCAACAUGGGAGCUGCUAUGGCCACCUGGAUCUGCAUCCUCCGUUACCACCAGUUCCGGGACUGGGGCGUCGGGAAGUGGUUUAACCAGCUGAUCCUCUGGUCAGGGCUCCUCUGUGCCUUCGGCACCUCCGUGGUGGGCAAUUUCCAGCAAAAGAACCAGCUGGCCACGCACCUGACGGGCGCCUUCUUGGCCCUCUUCGUCGGCCAUGUCUACUUCUGGCUGCAGCUCUAUCUCUCCUGGAGGAUGAAGAGCCUGCCCCAGCCCGGGGCCCCGUGGAUCGGGCCGCUCCGCCUGCUCCUCUGCAGCCUCUGCACCGUCCUCUUGGUGACCAUGGUCAUCCUCCACACCAGCCUGCAGCGCUCCGCUGCCGCCGUCUGCGAGUGGGCCGUGGCCAUGCUGCUCUUCCUGCUCUUCGGCCUCCUGGCCGUGGACUUCUCCGGCCUGGAGGGCUGCACCCUGUGUCUCCGGCCUGGGCCCAGCCUUCUGACCCCGGCCCGGCCCUCCCGGCAGAGGACAGAGACCGAUCCCGGACUCCUCCGUGCCCCCAAGAUGCAUCGCUGGGGACGAACCUUCAGGGAUGAACCCUUGGGAUGGACUUGAAAGAACUUGCCAGGCGCCGGCCAGUGUUGCUCAAUGGUUAGAGCGCUGACCCCGGAGCCAAGGGUUGCCGGUUUGAUUCCGAUCAAGACCAUGAACCUGGGCUGCAGGUUGGAUGCCUGGCCCUGGCUGGGCGAGUGUGAGAGGCAACUGGUCGAUGUGUCUCUCUCACAUCGAUGUUUUGCUCUCU